UCACAAUAACCCUUGCAGCAAAGUUCUGCUUCCCCUCGAGGGCAUUUCUGACCAGCACGCUGGGGUGUCCUGCUCCUUCUCCCCACCUGAGCAGCAAGGAGCUCAAGAUGUGGACCAUGUGGGCCACGCUGAUUUGCCUGGCUGGAGGGCAGCUCGCCGGUGCCACCCUCUGCAGGACCUACGGCACGGUCCCAGGCAUCCCAGGAUUACCAGGGCAGCCUGGCAGCGACGGCAGGGACGGGGAGAAGGGCCCGAAGGGUGACCAAGGACCCCCUGGCCAGAGCACAGCAGAGAGAGGGGAGAAGGGACCCCCGGGACCCCCGGGACUGCCCGGGAAGGUCGGUCCCACCGGCAUCCCGGGUGUGACGGGCUUACCGGGCACCAAGGGACUGCCUGGCCCCGCGGGAGAGCCUGGCGACUACAGGGUCACCCUCAAGUCGGCGUUCUCGGCCGCCAGGAGCAUCAGCUCCUACCCGCGCCGGGAUCAGCCCGUCCGCUUCGACCGCAUCCUCACCAACCUCAACGGGCACUACGAGAACCGCUACGGCCGCUUCACCUGCCGCGUGCCCGGCACCUACUACUUCACCUACCACGUCACCUCCCGGGGAAACCUGUGCCUCAACAUCAAAAAGGGCCGGGCUUCCAGCCGGGGCGACAAGGUGGUGACCUUCUGUGACUUCGUGCAGAGCAGUUUCCAGGUCACCACGGGAGGUGUGGUCCUCAAGCUGGCCAUGGAGGAGUCCGUGUGGCUGGAACCGACGGAGAAGAAUUCCCUGGUGGGGCUGGAAGGGUCUGACAGCAUCUUCUCUGGCUUCCUCAUCUUCCCCGAGGCUUAGCCCGCUGGAGCAGCCCUCGCAGAGCUGGGGAUUCCCCUGGAAACUCUUUGCUCCCAAACUGGUGCUUGAAGCACGCUGCUGCCGUUCUUGCACAAUAAAUGACAGCUCUUCGC